AUGUCUGACGAGCAGAUUUUAGAAAUUGUCGAUGAAAAUCUUCAGAUUUUGGAGGAAGAAAUCAGUAAUGCGGCAGAAAAAUCUAACGCUUUUGAGGUACGAAAAGAAGACGAAAUUGAAAGUCACCUGAACACAGUGGAAAAUAAUAUGGAAAUAAUCGCGAAAACUACAGAAAAUCCCAACAGGAUCACUGAAAUAACAGUAAGAAGCAGAUCAAACGUUAAAAAUUCUCUGAGGGACUGGGAUCAGAAGAUUAACCAGAGGAAGAGGGAAAAGGGAGUGCAGUAUAAAGGCAAAAAGAAACAACCAGAAGGUUGGACAUAUGAUCGACCGAGGCCCAGUAGGUUUUUAGCUGAUCCAUGUCACUGCAAGAGGGGAAAGAAGGGGGAAACAAAGUUUAAAUGUAGCACCAUUGGGGAAGAGCGACGGCGAAAGAUUUUUAAUACAUUUUGGAAUAAAAUGUCCUGGCCUGAGAAAAAAAUGUUUGUGAAAGGUUUCGUGAAGAUCGAUAAAGUUAAGAGAAGACGGGGAACCAAUGAUAUUUCCCGUAGAAAUUAUUCGAAUAUUUGA